GUUUACAUAAUCGAAUACGCAUUCUGUGUAACUCAAGUUGAGCAUUGUUUGCAAUAGACUGAGUGUCGGUGUCUUUGUCGAAAUACGCGGGGAAAUUCAGUAGUUUUCCGAUCUGUGGAGCGAUCUGGCCGCUUUGCUGAGUAUGCAAGUCAUCGGAGGUCACAAAGGCAUAUAAAAGUAAGCUAGAUGGUGGAUGAUCGUGAUAGGCAGCAGGAAGCCUCGACCUCGGACCGGAAGCCAGGCACCAGGGUGAAAGGAAAGCAUGACAAACCCAAGCCCUGGGAUCAUGACGGAAUCAAUCAUUGGGAGGUAUCGAAAUUCUCCAAAGAAGAUAAUCCUUAUGGUCUCCUGGAAGAGAGUUCUUUUGCAAUACUGUUCCCUAAAUACAGGGAGCGGUACCUGAGAGAGAUAUGGCCAGCGGCGACCAAGGCACUGAAGGAGGUCGGCAUUGGCUGCGAGCUGAACUUAGUGGAAGGCUCCAUGACUGUACGCACCACAAGGAAGACAUGGGACCCAUACAUCAUCAUGAAAGCUCGAGAUCUGCUGAAACUUCUGGCGCGCAGUGUGCCAUACCCCCAGGCUGUCAAGGUCCUGAACGAUGACAUGCAGUGCGACAUCAUCAAAAUUGGGGGACUUGUACGCAACAAGGAAAAAUUUGUGAAGCGGCGGCAGAGACUGCUGGGACCAAACGGUGCCACAUUGAAGGCCCUGGAGCUCCUGACGAACUGCUACAUCCUUGUCCAAGGCAACACUGUGUCUGCCAUGGGUCCUUUCCAGGGUCUCAAACAGGUCCGGCGUGUGGUUGAGGACUGCAUAAAGAACGUGCACCCCAUCUACCACAUCAAAACGCUCAUGAUCAAGCGGGAGCUGGCCAAGGACCCCGCCCUGAAGGAGGAGAACUGGGAGCGCUUCCUGCCCAAGUUCAAGAAGAAGAACGUCAAGCGCAAAAAGCCAGUGGUCACCAAGAAGAAGGAUUACACCCCCUUCCCGCCUCCGCAGCAGCCCAGAAAGGAAGACUUGGAGCUGGAGAGCGGAGAGUACUUUCUGGCGCAGCAGGAGAAGGCCAAGCGCAAGAAGGCAGUAGAGCAGGCACAGCAGGCGGAGCGCGUCGCUGAAAAGAAGCGCAGGCGCCAGGAUGCUUUUGUGCCUCCACAGGCUUCUCCAGCCCAGCCUGUGGUCCAGGAAGUGAGGAGCGCGAAUGCUGACCUGGCAGAAAUGACACAGUCAUUGAAGAAGAAAGCAAAGAAGAGCCUGAAGCGAGAUCAUGGGGACGAAGGUGGUCUGGACCAGUUCUUGGCUGUCCCCUCAGAGCAGAACGCUGACGCAAGUGGGAAGAAGAAGAAAAAGAAGAAGCUUGCUGGCUAAGGACCCCAGUGGAGCCCUCAUGCCGUGGGGAGAUGUUUGAAAUCACCGACAAAGUUGUGCAUAAAUAAAAUUGAAUGCCACAGUGGCAGGGUGUUGAUACAUGUGUUUGGACGCCUGAAUUCUGGCGCAAACAUGAGCCACUGACAAGUUGACUGUAAUUGAGUUCUGUGCAUCCAAGUCCUUCCUGUCUGAGUGUGAAAGCGUGUCUAAUGAU